CCUUCCAAAGAUUUUUGACCCGCAGCCCAGGCGCACGACAUGCUUAAAGUCAGUCGUCGUUUUAAAUUACGCACAGCAAAAGGUCGACUCGCGUUGCUUAGUUGCUCACUCCCUUUUUCUGUUUUUAAGUAUUCUUCCCAGUUGUAUUUAACACUUACCAGCUGUAGCGACCAUUGCUACCUACUGCGUACAAUGAUAAUGGGCGAACGAAGAACUAGACGGGCAAUGGACUUGCGCUGCAAUUUGUUUUCAUGGCAGUAAAAUCAAGAUAGAUAUCAUUAUCCAUUUAUUUAAAGGACCAUGAUUCAGCACGAUUUUAACUCCCCCAUCCCAAAGUCCUAACCUUCACCAGACUGCCGCAUCAGACCAGAAUAGCAAGUAAACGGGAUGAUUGGUUCUUAGUUGUUUCCUUUCCUAGCACUAGUAGAGUAUUCCCUUGCUCUUUCUUUGCUUUGACAGUAAAGCUCUGAGUUAGACAGUGCUUUCCUGAAGAGUUAAAAAAUAAAUGAUGAAAUGAUUUUCAAACGCUGUUAUAGAGCAGAAACGAUGUGCAACUUCUUGAUAGCCAAUAGCCUAUAAGAAUGCUUGUUGCUUACUAGGGCAGACGGUGAUAGUUAAGCACCAAUCUGCAAUCAUGCCAAGGAUUUUUAUUAUCUGCAUUGCCUGGUUUUACCUCUGCGGCCUAGCGUUGACUGCAAUAUCGGCAGCCCAGAACAACACAAACACAAACACCACCGCCGCCGUCACCACCAUCACCAAAGGUGCCAACAUCACCAAAUUACCAGGAUGUCAGCGCCAGUGUGGAAACCUGACAGUUCCAUAUCCCUUUGGAGUUGGCCCAGGAUCUGGUUGUGCUAUAGGGACUUGGUUUGAGAUUACAUGCAACACAUCUUUCAACCCUCCCAAGCCUUUCAUAGGUCAGCUAGAGAUUUAUGAUAUAUCAGAUAGCCAGAUCCGCAUUUCCAAUGUCAUGGCCAAGAAGUGCUACAGUCAAUCCGGGGCAUUGGUCCAGGAUAACACAGCCUGGACCAACCUAGGGAGUACGCCAUACAGCUUUUCGGAACUAAACAAGUUCACUGUCAUCGGCUGCGAUGACUUCGCUCUCAUAACGGGAUCUGAAGGCUUCAACUUCACUAGUGGAUGCGUAUCUCUCUGCUCCAAAGCCGAGGACGUGCCUGAUGGGUACUGUUCCGGCAUUGGGUGUUGCCAAACAUCCAUACCCAGGGGUCUCAAGUACUAUUUUGCUUCCCUCAGCUCGUUGAAGAACCAUACGACGGUCUCCUCAUUCGAUCCCUGUAGCUAUGCCUUUCUCGGUGAGCAGGAUCGAUUCAUAUUCCGCGGGGCGUCCGAUUUUUCUGAUCCUAAUUUCAUGCAGAGGACCUUGGCCACCGUUCCGAUAGUGCUGGACUGGGCACUUGGAAACCUGAGUUGCUCAGAAGCCCAGAAAGCAAAUGAUUAUGCAUGCAAAGCUAACAGUGACUGCGUUGAUUCAGAGACCGGAUUUGGGGGGUAUCGCUGCAGCUGCAAUCCGGGUUACGAGGGCAAUCCUUACGUCAGUCCAGGCUGCCAAGACAUCAACGAAUGUGCAGAUCCAAAAAACAAUCCCUGUGAAAGGAUCUGUAUCAACACUCCAGGUGCGUACAACUGCUCUUGUCCUGGAGGAUAUUAUGGUGAUGGCAGAAAAGAUGGCCGUGGUUGCAUUGCCAAAAACAAAGAGCUCCCAGUAAUCAAGCUUUCUCUAGGUUUGGGUUUUGGCUUUCUGUCUUUGCUGGUGGGAAUAACUUGGCUGUACUUUGGCAUCAAAAAGAGGAAGCUUAUUAAACUCAGAGAAAACUUCUUUCAGCAAAAUGGUGGCUUGCUGUUGAAGCAACAACUGUCCUCAAAUGGAGGUGGUGUGGAAUCAACAAAAGUUUUUACGGCUGAAGAGCUAGAGAAAGCUACCAACAAAUAUGCAGAAGACAGGAUCCUUGGUCGAGGUGGUUAUGGAACAGUCUACAAAGGAAUUCUACCUGAUAAACGCAUUGUUGCAAUCAAGAAGUCGAGAAUAAUUGACGAGAGUCAGAUAGAGCAGUUUAUCAAUGAGAUGGUUAUUCUUACGCAGGUUAAUCAUCGUAAUGUUGUGAAGCUCUUAGGGUGUUGUCUGGAGGCAGAAGUUCCCUUACUGGUUUAUGAGUAUGUCUCUAGCGGGACUCUCUUCCACCAUAUCCAAAACAGUGCAAUGACUUGGUUAUCCUGGGAGGAUCGAUUAAGGAUAGCUGCUGAGGCUGCUGGAGCACUUUCUUACCUACAUUCAGCGGCUUCAAAACCUGUAAUUCAUAGAGAUGUUAAGUCUGCCAACAUACUGCUGGAUGAAUAUUAUACUGCAAAAAUAUCAGAUUUUGGAGCUUCGAGGCUAGUACCGCUGGAUCAAACUCAAGUGACGACGCUAGUGCAAGGGACAUUAGGAUAUCUGGACCCAGAAUAUUUCCAUACAAGUCAGCUGACAGAAAAAAGUGAUGUUUAUAGCUUUGGUGUGGUCCUUGCAGAACUUUUAACAGGUAAAAAACCGCUUUGCAUGGAGAGAUGCCAAGAAGAAAGGAACUUAGCCAAAUAUUUCGUCAUGUCCAUGAAGGAAAAUCGAUUGUUUCAAAUUCUUGAGCCACGAGUUGUAAGGGAGGGGGCUUUAGAGCAGCUCCAAGCAGCUGGUGAGCUAGUAAAGAGAUGCCUUUACUUAAGUGGCGCGGAUAGGCCAACAAUGAAGGAAGUUGCCAUGGAACUGGAAGGAUUAAGAAAGUUUACCCUUAGACAUCCUUGGGCUAAUCAACAUGGCCAUGAAGAAUCAAUGGGCUUAAUGACAGAGAAUGAGGCAUCAGACCUUUACACCGUCCCAAUGAGCCCUUAUUCAGAUACCGUACCCCUAUCUGGGCAAUACAGCUCAGACGCAGCUCAGAUGAUGUUCCCAGCAAACAGCCCCCGCUGAUGAUCGGUCUUAGCCUGCCUACUAUAUACAUGUUCUUCGUAUCCUCAAUUUUCAAUUUUCAGUGUUCUUGAAUUACGUCAAUCUUCAAUAAUAUCUGCGUAUUCAUGAGCUAGUUUUAAGAAA